GGACGACAGAGGGCUUGGCCGUCACGCCGCCUAGGGUGCUCCCUGAAACCGCUGCUGCAGAUCCCCAGCUUUGUGACAAAUGGGUAAGACCAAGCACACCCAGAAGAGCAAGGGCCGCCGCAGCCUCAACCGCCGCCGUCACCCUCUUCCGCACCCAACUUGGGUUCCUCUUUCGCGCCCUGGCACCCAAGUUGGGCGUCUGAGGAGCCAUCUGGCGGCCUGUGGCCUCAGGAUACGCUCUGUGAAGGCCGACUGCAACUGCCUGUUCCGGGCAUUCGCCGACCAAAUCACAGGUGGGCCUCACGGCAGCCGUGUGUCGACACCACAGGGUCAGCUCGUGUGUAUGUGGGUGAGUGCGUCUGUGUGUUUUCAGGUGACCCAGAUGAGCACGUUGAGUUUCGUCAGAAGGCUAUGGACUACGUCGAGGCACAUGCUAGCGAAUUCGAGCCCUUCAUGGAGGUGCGUUCUCGGCCGAAGAACACGCACUGCCACUCUGUCACAUCAGGCACUGACGCAUCGUGUGUGCCGGUUUCUGUCUGUGUGCUGCCAUCCAUCAUCCCUCAGGAUGGUGAGCAGCUCGACGCGUAUGUGAGCCGCAUGCGCCUGGACAGCGAGUGGGGCGGCCAGCAGGCGCUGCAUGCGCUCUGCCACCUGUACCAAGUCAACUGCCUGCUCCACAAGAAGGGCGUGGGGACAUUGCAGUUGGACUUCUUCUCCAAGGAGUACCCCUGUGUUCAGCUCUGCCACGACGCAGGUAUGAUGCAUGGCAGGGCAGGGGAGGCAGUGCAUCAGGUGGCUGAUGCGGUUUUUUGUUUCCUUCCAUUUCGGCUGUCUGUGAAGGUGUCCAUUAUGAUUCCGUGCGUCUGGCGGGCGAGAAAGGCGACGGUCCGCCGAAGAAGCUGACGAUGGCCGAGUUGCUCGACUACAUGGAGACCCGCGAGCACCCUGAGAAGGACCCCACCACCAAGACACACAAGGGCGGGGAGGACAGGAACGCCAUUGUCAAGGAGAAGCUGUCCAAGCAGACGGCCUCUGACGAUGAUGGGCCGCCGUCCAAGAAGCAGAGGCUCGAGGAUCGCGUCAACACCCUUAAGAGCGUGUACUUCCACCCCUGCGAGUCUCUAAAGGACUAUUACAAGCCGCCAGAGACGUUCCAGCCCUCAUUCGGCCACCACUUCUUCGACACGGACCAGGCCAUCAUGGCCGUCGAGGAGGUCGCCCGACACGGGUCCGUCCACAUCUGCUAUAUCCCCGACACAUUCGACGUGUUCGUGAAGGUGGAGGGCGAGAGCCCGUCCUUCCAGGCCUCCCGCGAGCGCGUCAUGGAAUGCCUGACCAAGGUGGACUUCCCGGGCGGCUUCUGCCCUUCAGAGCACGACUUCAUCGUCAAGCUCGAGUGCCGGGCGACCCGUGGGUGGCAAUUCCAGCCGCCUGGGGAGCAUGUGGGGGUGUUGAGGCCCACGGCGGGUGCGGGGGACGAGCAGAUCGAGAUCGAGGUCAGACGGUGCACGUUUGACGAGAGCGAGUUCAAGCCGCUGCACCGGCGGAUGGAGUGGUUCCUGCACUGGUUCAUCGAGGGCAUGUCGGAGAUCGACCAGGACGAGCGCUGGCACGUCUACCUCGCGUACAAGCGGCCCCUGGCGUCGCCCGGCAGCGUUGUCUACAGGCGCAAGCUGAGACCCCGUGCGUCAAGCGGGCGGCCGGGGUGUCUGAGCCUGUGUGGGUAUGUCACCACCUACACAUUCUGGAGCCGGUCGAUGUUGGGCAGCCGCAGCCGGCUCUCGCAGUUCCUCAUCUUCCCGCACUACCAUAGAAAAGGUCAGUGCGAUGCACUGCACGCAGACGGGGAUGGGAGAGCGGCACUCACUGUGCUGUGCUGUGUGUUGUGUUGUGUUGUGUGUUGUGUGUUGUGUGUGCAGGAAUUGGUAGGAAGUUGUAUCAGCUGAUCUAUCAGCAGAACCUGGACGAUGCCGAUGUCAAGGAGGUAACACCAACCCACAGAGCGCAACACCACCACACCAUGAGACACGUCUUUCCCCCUCCCCCUCCCUCCCCGCCCCCUCCCUCUGUGUGUGUGAUCCAUCCAUCCACCAGAUGGCUGUCGAAGACCCUGCCCCGGCGUUCGUCCAGCUGCGUGACGUGGUGACGGUCAAGGUAGCCAUCGAUCGCAACGCCGUGUCCCCCCUCGCACUCUACCCCCCACCCCCAGGGGCAGAGGUACCCAGCUCGGCAUCAGCGGCCGUCCCGGCCAGCAGCGGCCUGGGCCUUACCAACGGCCAGUCCCAGCCCGAGCUCCCCCUAGACCGGACGCGCAACCGCACCCGCGCCCUCCACAAAGCCGUCAACGACGCGGGGGUGUCGAGCGGCGGGAUUGGUGCAGCAUCGUCGGCAGCCGCAGACGCGUCGGCGAGUGCGGCGUCUGGUGGCAUGUCCCGCCGGAGCCAGAAGCGCCGGCGGAGUGUGGGGGAUGGCAUGGACAUCGACAGCGGUGUGUCGGCGGUGGCUGCCAGGGACGUGGGUAUGAGCACCAGGAGCAGGGCGAGGGGCAGGGAUGGCGGCGGGGCCAGUAGCAGUAGUGCAGCAGCAGCAGCAGCAGCCGCCGCUGAGGGUGGUGGUGGUGGGAGCCAUCCAUCCACGGUGCAGAAGACGGUGAAUCCGGAUGCGGGCAUCCCGACCAUCGACUGCCUCGUCGCCAACCUCAAGGAAACCAAACCUCAAGCCACACGGUCGGUCGACACAGACACAGACACAGACACCUACCUUUCACACACACUAUCCUCCCCUCCCUCCCUGCCUCCUGGCUGCGCAUAUCGUUGGCUGGCAUCUGUCAAUCAGGAUGACGGAGCUGCUGCAGCUCGCCCGUCUGCUACCGCUCGACCUGCCGGAAGAGAUCCCGCCGGCCUACCUGGCUCCCGGCACCGCCUACCGCCGUAGUGUCGAGCAGCGGCUGCGCAAGGACAUCAAGGAGCCCCAUAUCGUCUCGACCGACGAGGUGAGUGAGUGACGGAGGGCGGUCAGCCAGGCAGACAGGCAGACGAGCAGGGAGACGGGCAGUUAGGUUGGGAGGAAGGCAUUAGUCAUGGCCGCCGUAGAACAGUAGCACGGCAGCUGUGUGUGUGGUCACUGUCUGCACUGUUUCCCCUCUGCUGCUGUGCUGUGUGUUCGAGUAGGAGGAUUUCGACUUCUUCAAAGUGUGCCACACUAAACACUCGGUACGGCACACACACCCAGACACACACAUACAACACGACACGGCACACGCACACCACGUUCUUACAUCGAGAGUAGGAGAUGCGAUGCGAUGCGAUGCGUGUAGAUAUACACACGAACCGUCUAUGUAGAGCGUUUUUGUCGCCCAUGCAUUCCACCCAUCCCAUUACAUACAGACAUGAUGGACGGAAGGACAGACAGCCUCAGCUGCUGGGCUCACUCGUCAUUGUGUGGCGCUGUGGGUGGUUGGUGUGUGUGUGUGUGUCGCAGAUGGACAAGGCCGCCCUUCAGGACGAGUAUGAGAAACUCGUCACGUCUUACUUCAAGUAUGUCCAUCAGACACACGCAUGCACACACACACAGACGGGGAUGCCACAUCUCAUCCGUGUGAUCUCUGUCCGUUGUGUGAUGGGUGCAGGUCCAUCGUGAAGCUGCGCCAGAUCUUCCCGCCGCCCCCACACAUCAAGGCCGCCGGCAGCAACAAGAAGGCCGCGGCCACUGAGCUCAACGGGGGAGGGCCAGCCGAGAACACGCGCAGCAAAAGACGCAAAUUGGGCUGAUCAAGGAGGGGGAAGACGGCAGUGCAGCGGCGGGCAGGAGGAAGGACAGCUCAUCACCUUUGGCAAGGGGUGGGGGUAUGUAUCGCUUACGAGAGGGGUGCGUCUCGUGUGAGCUCUCUGGAGUCAGACAGCGACAAGGAAGGGGGGGGACCUCCCCCUGCAUGCUCGCGCGAGCGGCGGGGGUCGGGCCGCAUCUUCAUCGAGUCAGACGACGACAAGUGACCAUAGCACGGGACGGACAGGCAUGCGGGCAUUUUUAGCAUGUCUGAGUCUGUCUGUUGUUGGGAGGGAGGGAGGGAGGGAGGGAGCGGUAUAUAGCAUAUGUGGCAUAUACAUACGUACCAACGUACGUACGUAGGGGCCGCGUCGUGCCAUGCCGUUGCGUCAGUCAUCUGCCGUGCCGUGGGCCAUGUGUGUCUGUGUGUGAGCGUAUGGUGUCGGUUGUGUGUUUUGUGUUAAUGAGUGAUUGAGUGCCAAACGGGUGUGAGUGUCCGUCCGGCCGCUAUUUGUGGUUAAGGAGAGAGGUGAGUCAAGGUCGUCUGUCCGUCCGUCUGGAUGCGUGUAUGUAUGCCUGCCUGUCUGUCCGUCUGGCUGCCCGUUCAUUCAUCAUCCAUCCACACUCACUCCAUCACUCGAUCACUGUAUCCACGGCUGGCCAGCAGACCAGUUGGCUGGCCGGUCGUCUUUCUGUCUGUCUGUCUGUCUGUAUGUAUACGUCUGGCUGUGUCUGUCGCGACUUCCCCGAGAGCGGUGGGGAAGGUAGCGGCGGCCCAGCUUGCCUACCUGCCUAACGCUGACUCACUCAAUGAAUGACUUACUGACGUGACGACUUUUUCAGUCUGGUGGAACGGCAUGGCAUGGCGUGGCAUGGCAUGGCUCCAAGUAUUUCCAAUCCGCCGUUGUGAGCCUUGCCCGUGUGUCGGCCGCCACGCCAGCCCUUUCUGUCUGUGAGCGGGCGGGCCGUUGCGAUGAUGCGGGAAGGGCCACAGCGCACCUACUGACAGCCACACGGGGGCAGUUUUUUGUCCCAUGCUCUCGGUGCGUCCAACGAACACUCCCCCUGUUUGCACAUCACAUUCAUGUGUUGGUUUACGCAUGGCAUGUGCGGGGGGACUCACGCACCAUCGAAAGAGCAGAGCAGAGGAAGAGCGCUUGUUCGUUCCAACUCUUUUAAGCGGGGGGCAGGGCAGGGCAGGGCAGGGCAGGGCUGGCGGGAGAGGGAGAGGGGCGGGGCGGGGAGGGGUGUUGAGGGGCGUCAAUGGUUGCAUUGCGUACCUGCAUACGUGUGCAUGGUUGGGUGAGUGAGAGUGAGGUAAUUGAUGUGAUGUAUCGGUGGCUGGCUGGACUCUUGAUUGAGAGAGAGAGAUGAUUGAGAGAGAGAUGAUGUGCCUUUUAAGAAAGCUGAUAGCUAGCGUGUAUGUGAUAUAUAGGACAAUUUGUUCAUUCGAGCUAGCCAACGAGCUAGCUAGAUAGACAGAUCAGACACCGAACUGAGACCGACAGCGUGCGUGCUUGUCUCUCCUGAUUAAUGGCAUGCCCAGCCCAGCCGAGUGUCUUGCCUUUUUGUGCGGCCCGUCCGUCCGUCCGAUGACCUGACUGACCUGACAGUUUAGGUGUGCGAUGAGUAGAUAGAUAGUGUACGUACUUGUGCACUGACCCGCAGAGCAG